GGGAGAGGGGAAGGGAUGCUGUGCUCCGUGCUUCCCUUGUUAUCCCUGCUAUCCACGUGCCCCCCUUGUUAUCCUCGUGCUCCCGGCCUUGUAGCGGUGCCGUGGCGGGGCGUGUAGGCGUUGACAUCACUCACGGUCAUCGGCACUGCCCAUACACUCAGUCCACCCUGGCGGGGACCUCACCAAUGACCUCCAUGAAAACAGGGUCCCAGACAAGCCAGUUGGUCUGAAGGCCAUGGCGCUGACUGACCACAUCAGGGUGUGUUGGCAGCCCCACAGCACAAUGUGCUGUGCGGCUACACCAUUGCCUGGGACUGAGGCGUGGCGGACAUCUACUCUAAGAUCGUGGACAGCAAGCAGCACGGUUACAUCAUUGAUAAGCUGGAACCCAACAUGGAGUUUGUGAUAAGCCUGCGAGCCUUCAACAACGUGGGUGACGGGCAACCGGUGUACCAGCAAGUCCACACCCAGCCAGAGGAGGAGGAGGUGGUGGCACCCACGCUGGACCCGGCGGUGUGGGUGAAGGCCGUGGUGCUGACGCCCUUCACCGUGGUGCUGCAGUGGGCGGACACCAUGCUGAGCCAGAACCAGUACAACAGCUGCACCACCUUCUCGUCCUCAUCCUCCAGCCGCUACGUCAACGCCACGGAUGUGACCUGCCUCAUUGACAGCCUCAAGCCAUCAACAGUGUGUGAGUUUGCUGUGAAGACCAUCAGGGUGAGACCACAGUGCUGGAAGCCUUCGUUCUUCUUUCAGUAAAUAUUCACUCAGUCCUGCAACACUUCUCAAGGAAAUCCUGCACAGCUGAAUCCUUGCUGUGAUGAGGCACAGAGAAAUUAUGACUCAUAGGCCUGGUGGCCUCCAACACCCUGCUGGUGGCCCGGCCGUCCUAGCCCUCCCUGGCCAGCCAUCCACCACCACCUUCACCCGGCAGCCGUCCACCACCACCUUCACCCGGCAGCCGCUGCAGCGGAACAAUGGGAGGAUCACAGGCUACGUGAUAUUCCUCACCACGGACCAAACUGUCGGUGACUGGGUGAUGGGGGAAGUGACGGGGGACUGGCUCACCCUCACCGUCCAUGGACUGACGCCUUCAAGGAAGUAUUUGCACAAGAUGCACUCUCACAAUGUCAAAGGUUUUGGUCCAUUCUCCUCCGUGGAAAGCUUCACGACUUCCAGUGUUGGCGGCAGCUGCAGUGAGAGCAACAAGCCUGGCGUCCAGCCUCCAGACCUGUGGAUCCAUCACGGCCACUUGGAGCUGAAGAACUUUGACAAGGGUGAGCGCAGCAACUCCCCCAACCACGCCUCCAUCAUCCAGCACACAGGACUGCCAGAACCAUAACGGUACUGCCGGGAGUGUCAUCGGGAAGGCGUGUUCACCUGCCCCACCCCAAGUGUGGCGACAUGAAGGAGGAGCCGGAGGAGGAGGGGAGUGCCACGCCGUCAUGCAGGCAGAGAACACGGAGAACAGCUCUGAAAAAUGAAGAAAGGAAGGAAGGAAGAUAAUCUCAGAAGACUCAUACAGUCCAUUACACGUCCUUCAUGUUAUGUUAUUACAUUCCUGUACUCCCAACGCCCGGCCCGGGGGUCCAGCCGCAACACUCACAAGGUCCAGAUGCAGACUGCGGCCACCACUUGAGCAGCCCGGCUGCUGUACACCAAUCCUUAUUUAGUUGUGUUCUUGUAGAGUUAAAUCCAGACAUCCCAUAUCCUUAGGCCAGGUCAAAAGUAAAGUUUGGUGUGCAUGGCCUCAGUGUUCAUCUCUGUUACACUGCCCCUGGAGGCUGUGGGGGCAGGAAUCCAGCACCCCGGGACACAGGGAGACACUCAGACUACCACAGGUGCCUCCCCAGGGGUCUCCAGGUACACAUGAUCACCCAGACACAAAGGAUGACCUGCGUACUGACUGCCCAGGCCGGGAUUCAAACCCUGGCCAGCGGAUUGGUAGGUAGGCAUGCCAGCCACAGCACCAUGGAGCCAUGCAUUAUACUAGUACUUGGCACUGGUAUCCUAUGCUAUUUAUUCCUGGCUAGUUGGACACCAGAGAUUUCCUGUAUUAAUUUCAUGGGUUUUCUGUUAUAUAUUUGUUUAUUUGGUGUAUCUUUUUAUUUAGCUUCAUCAUGAUUUUUAUUGUUAUUUAGUGAAGCAGCUCAAGGGAAACUGUUGUUGUUCUGGAUGCUUUCUUCCUCUCUCUCUUGUCACCUUUUUACCUCCCGUCCUCUCUCAUCUCUUCUUCCUUCUCUCUCUCUCUUUCUCGAAACCCAUUUGAAUGUAAUACAAAACACAAUUUGCAAAUUGAUAUUUUUAUUGCUAGAACACAAACACAUACACAUAGUGACAUAAGGAAGGUCAUGUGGCUAUGUAGGGGGGCGGGUCAGGAUAGGGUCCAUUAUGUGUCUGGGGGAGGGCAUGUGUCUGUGGGAUGUUAUCAACUUCCUGUGGGUGACAUCCUGUGUGGCCUGUGAGCUGAGAGAGAGAGAGAGAGAGAGAGACUGACUGACUGACUGGUAGCCCAAGGAAGGAGUAGACAGGUAAACAGAUGAAGAAAGAUGCAUGAAAGGGAGGGAGAAAGAGCUUGAGUGAUAAAUAAGGAAGUUAAACAGAGCUGAGAAAAAGGAAAUAUAUACAAGGUUAAUGUGUAAAGUACAGUUAUCUGUAACUGUGUAUUUGAGGCUUUCAGAGGAGGUGGGACCUAAGGAACAGUCCUAUUUUUUUCUAGUUUGUACUGGGAAGGGAAAGUCUGGCUAUCCUACACAUCCCAGGAGGAAAAAAACACAAGUUACAAGGGGAAAGCAACUCUUGGUACGCCCAACACAAGGUCGCUUUUCCCUUGCAACUUGUUUCUCAGAAUGCAUAGAAUAGUCGGACCUUCCUUUCCCAGUGCAGACUAGAACACAAUGGGCCUUUCCCUUACGUCCCCUCCCCUCCAAAUGCCUCAAAUAUGUGUGUGUGUGUAAUGAAAGAAAAAUGGAUAAAACCCUAAUGAAGAGAUAGAAAUAUGGAAUGGAAAGGAAGCAGAUAUGAGGAAGGAAUGGAGAGGGAGAGAGGGAAGAGACAGAGAGGGAAGAAAUAGAACAGGAAAGAAAGAAUACAAUGAACUGAGCACAAGAAGAAGGAACCUAACUGGAGUAUAAAAAGAUAGGGAGGAGAAAACACUUGUGUAUGUAUGUAUAUGUUCGUGUUGUAUGUACUAUUGAGACUGACUUGGAUAUUGAUGUAAGAAUAUAAAUUAAUAAACAUUAGAAAUAAGGAA